UUCAGUUUAUAAGCAAAAGGAAACUAGUUUACUUUUUGUUAAUUUGUUUGAAUUUGCUUGCUAGAUAUUAGCCAUAUUGCUAUUGAUAGUCUUUAGGAAAGAACAAUAAUGGCAAUGGAAAAGUCACUUGUGUUUGUGAUGUGCAUGUUGGUUGCUGCAAUAGUGGCAGCUCCAAUGGCCGAAGCCCAACUUGGGAAUAUCAUAGGCAAUCUCCUUAGUUUGGUGAACAUACAGGGCAUUGUAUACUGUACUGCCAAUGGCAGAAUUGGGGUCAAUGGCACUUCUACCCCAGUUUUCCCUAAUGCUCUUGUGCAGCUGCAGUGUGGAAAUGGCAACGUGGUGUCUAGCACAACAACCAACGGCUCCGGAUUAUUCUCCAUAUUGAUGGAUCCUCUAAAAUUGAUCCUCUCCACAUUGUUGCAAGAUUGCAAGCUUGUGGUUGCCACACCACUCUCUAAUUGCAACGCCGGUUUGCCUUCCGACGGUUCCCUCAUCUCCCCAUUGAAGCUUCUCGGAAACAUCGUCAGCGGCUUGCUUAACAUCACCAACAUCGGUCCAUCUGGCUUCAACUUCUUCAGCUCCUAAUGAUCUCAACGUUUAUAUCUCUCAGGACCGACAAUACAACAUGAUGAUAUAA